GCGCUCGCUCCGGGAGAGUUGACAAAGCCCCGCAGGGAAGGACGCCUCGCGGCGCGGCGCCCCGGGCCCCUUGCCCUGCCGCCCCUCUUCCCCGCCCGCGCCUAGUCCCGCCGUUUAUCCGUGCGGACAGCGCGCCCCGCGCCCCAGCCCGGCCCCAGCCUCCAGCGCCCAGGUAGCGCCGCCCCGCCCAGGCCGGGCCCGGGGGCGCGGGGGGCGGGAUGCGGCGCCCGGGGCAGCGAUGACCGCGUCGCGCUGCUCAGGGGCCCAGGUCUGAUCCUGUUGCCUGCUGCGCGCCCCCGCCCUGAUCUCUAUCGAGCGUCUACGCGCCUCGCUUCCUUUGCCUGGAGCUCGGCGCCGAGGGGGGCCGGACCCUGGCUCUGCGGCCGCGACCUGGGUCUUGCGGGCCUGAGCCCUGAGUGGCGUCCAGUCCAGCUCCCAGUGACCGCGCCCCUACUAGAGGUCCGAACGGCGAGAUGACGCGGAGCCCCGCGCUGCUGCUGCUGCUAUUGGGGGCCCUCCCGUCGGCUGAGGCGGCGCGAGGACCCCCAAGAAUGGCAGACAAAGUGGUCCCACGGCAGGUGGCCCGCCUGGGCCGCACUGUGCGGCUACAGUGCCCAGUGGAGGGGGACCCACCACCGUUGACCAUGUGGACCAAAGACGGCCGCACGAUCCACAGUGGCUGGAGCCGCUUCCGUGUGCUGCCCCAGGGGCUGAAGGUGAAGGAGGUGGAGGCCGAGGAUGCCGGUGUUUAUGUGUGCAAGGCCACCAAUGGCUUCGGCAGCCUCAGCGUCAACUAUACUCUCAUCAUCAUGGAUGACAUUAGUCCAGGGAAGGAGAACCCUGGGCCAGGUGGCUCUUCUGGGGGCCAGGAAGACCCAGUCAGCCAGCAGUGGGCACGGCCUCGAUUCACACAGCCCUCCAAGAUGAGACGCCGAGUGAUUGCACGGCCCGUGGGUAGCUCUGUGCGGCUCAAGUGUGUGGCCAGUGGGCACCCACGUCCAGACAUCAUGUGGAUGAAGGAUGACCAGACCUUGACACGUCUAGAGGCCAGUGAACACAGAAAGAAGAAGUGGACGCUGAGCUUGAAGAACCUGAAGCCUGAAGACAGUGGCAAGUACACGUGCCGUGUAUCCAACCGGGCAGGUGCCAUCAACGCCACCUACAAAGUGGAUGUAAUCCAGCGUACUCGUUCCAAGCCUGUGCUCACGGGGACACACCCUGUGAACACAACGGUGGACUUCGGUGGGACAACGUCCUUCCAGUGCAAGGUGCGCAGCGACGUGAAGCCUGUGAUCCAAUGGCUAAAGCGGGUGGAGUACGGCUCUGAGGGUCGCCACAACUCCACCAUUGACGUGGGUGGCCAGAAGUUUGUGGUGUUGCCCACGGGUGAUGUGUGGUCACGGCCUGACGGCUCCUACCUCAACAAGCUGCUCAUCUCUCGGGCCCGCCAGGAUGAUGCUGGCAUGUACAUCUGCCUGGGUGCAAACACCAUGGGCUACAGUUUCCGUAGCGCCUUCCUCACUGUAUUACCAGACCCCAAACCUCCAGGGCCUCCUGUUGCUCAUUCAUCCUCAACCACCAGCCUGCCCUGGCCUGUGGUGAUCGGCAUCCCAGCGGGUGCUGUCUUCAUCCUAGGCACGGUGCUGCUCUGGCUUUGCCAGACCAAGAAGAAGCCAUGUGCCCCUGCAUCCACACUUCCUGUGCCUGGGCAUCGUCCCCCAGGGACAUCCCGAGAACGCAGUGGUGACAAGGACCUGCCCUCAUUGGCUGUGGGCAUAUGUGAGGAGCAUGGAUCCACCAUGGCCCCCCAGCACAUCCUGGCCUCAGGCUCAACUGCCGGCCCCAAGCUGUACCCUAAGCUGUACACAGAUGUGCACACGCACACGCACCGCACACAUGCACACACACACUCUCAUGCGGAGGGCAAGGCUCAUCAGCACCAGCAUGUCCACUAUCAGUGCUAAAUACAGCCAAUCUCCAAGCACUGUGUCCCGAGGUGGGCGUAUGGGGGCCAAGGCAACAGGUUGGGAGGAUUGAGAACAAUGGAGGAAGAGUAUCUUAGGGUGCCCCGCGUGCGGUAGGCACUCACAAGCUUGGCCGUAUAGGUGGACGGAUGUACUACCAGAUGAACCGACAGCCAGACCCACACGCACAUAUUUAAAGUGUACAUGUGUGCACACGUGCACACACAGCCUGAGAAACCUUCAGGAGGAUUUAUGGUGUGACUUUGCAGUGACAUGUAGCGAUGGCUAGUUGAAGGACGACUCUCCCUCAAGUCUUAGUGGUCAUGGCCACUUCCCCACCCCCUACCCAUCUGUGUUCCUGCCUGGCCUUGGUGUACCUCCGUGUGCCCUGGGUGUCCAGGGGCCAACCAGCAGCCUGACUGGGGUGAGCUGUGCAGCCAUGCCUGGAGGUUUGAGCCACACGCCCCUUGCUAGAGAGAAGGGCCUCGAUAUUUAUAUUUAAGAAUGAAAUAAUAUUAAUAAUAAUGUAAGGAGGGCUGGGACACAGGAAUUCUGGCCUUCCCUGGGGCCUGGGACCUGCCUGGCCUUGUGGUUACAUUGGGUAUCCUCACUGUCCAUGGCUGCCUGGUCUCUGUAAUUUUAUAUAGAGUUUGAGCUGAAGCCUCGUAUAUUUAAUUUAUUUUGUUAAACAAGAAAGUGCCUCCUUUUUCUC